AGAGAUAAAAGAAACUGCCUGAUCAUCCAUUGUAGGUAUUUCUUACAAAAUAAAAAGCUGGGUUAGAGCCAAAGGAGAAAUAAGAUUUCUGAGAAGACGAUAAAUUGGCAGCUAGCAGAGCCAGCGAAAGCCAGAAUAAAGCAUUCCAAUGGCAAACGAAGCACAGCCUUGCCCAUGUGCCCUUGGAGAUCUGUUUGAUUAUAAAGGACUUGGACAGGAAAUACAAAUUGACCACAUAAAAGCAUAUGUGUGCAAAUCGAAGAUUCCAUCAGAUAAAGCAGUGAUUGUGGUUCAGGAUGUGUAUGGAUGGGAGCUUCCUAACACAAGAUUAUUUGUCGAUCUACUUGCCUCUCAUGGUUAUACUGCUGUCCUUGCUGACUUUUUUGUGGGGAAAGAACCGUGGAAAUCAACCAACGAUGCUUCCACUUUUAUUCAAUGGCUUGAAACCAGACCACCCUAUAAAGUUGACAAGGAAGUUGAUGCUGUACUGAAGUACUUAAAAGACGAAUGCCAGGCAAAGAAAAUUGGCGUCAUUGGCUUUUGCUGGGGAGGAAUUGUUACCCAUUAUCUCAUGCUGAAGUAUUCUGAAUUAAAAGCUGGGGUUGCAUUUUAUGGCUUGGUACGUGAAGAUGUGGACAAGUAUAAUUUACUAAAUCCAACUUUGUUUGUUUUUGGAGAGAAGGAUGACCUGAUACCCCUUGAGCAGGUUGCAUCACUGGAUCAAAAACUUAAAGAAAACGCUAAGGUUGACUAUAAAGUCAAGGUGUUUCCAAAGCAAGGCCAUGGGUUUGCUCACCGAAAGGAAGACUCAAACCCUGAAGAUAAACCUUACAUUGAAGAAGCAAGAAAAGACAUGCUUACGUGGCUGAACAAAUAUAUUAAAUAAACAAACUAUGUACUCAUGGAACCUACUAAGUCCACAUUAUGAUUUAUAAAGCCAUACAUAUUCAUAUAAUAUUACAAAUAAAGAUUUAUAUUAAAAUGU